AUGCCAGUUAAUGAUCCGGGCAACGUAGUGGAAUUCUCUGAGGUUAUGAGUGAGAUUAUUACGAUCAUAGAGAAUAGUGAGGUUGAAUCAUGUAUAAUUUUAGGAGAUUUUAAUGCGCACCCAGGAACUGUGUUUGACAACGAGGUACUAAAUUUUUGUACUGAUGGAAAUCUUAUUCCGGCUGAUAUGCAGCUACUGGGGAGGGACUCUGACACAUACACAUUUGUGAGUGAUAUUAAUGGAGGGAGAAGAUGGCUGGAUCACUGCCUUGUUACUGAAUCGGUCCUACCAUUAGUUUCGGGGGUUGAAGUUCUUACGGAUGUGUAUUGGUCAGAUCACUUUCCUCUGUUGGUAAAGUGUAACUUAGCUAUGAUGAAACCUAUGGUGCAUAUGUCUAACAAACCAUGUAAUAAAGUUGUUUGGGGUAAUCGUAAUGAGCAGCAAAUUAGAAUGUAUAGUAAUAUUUGUAAUGGAAAAUUAAAAUGUAUAGAUUUUCCCUCUGAAUUCAAUUCAUGUUGUGAUACAAGAUGUGCUGACCUUCAGCAUAGAGAGGUCAUUGAUAGGUUUUAUGAUAAUAUUGUCAGCUCCCUGUCUCAGGCUGCAAUUGAGAGCUUUUUAAUAAAAAAGGGUGGGAGGGGUGGCUACAUAGUGGGUUGGAACAAGCAUGUAAAGGAUGCUCAUCGGGAGGCUCGUCUGAGGUUUAGUGAGUGGGUGUUGCAUGGAAAACCUUCCUCUGGGGUGUUCUAUAAUGCCAUGGCUGAAAGUAGGAUUCUCUUUAAAUCAAAACUCAAAUUUUGCCAGAACAAUCAAGAGCAAAUACAGAUGGACAUAUUGGCUAGUCAUCACAAAUCCAAGAAAUUUGGGAACUUCUGGAAACAUACCAAUAAGCUCAAUCACAGACAGGGCCUUCCGGCGAGUAUUCAGGGUGUGGUUGACCCUAAACAAAUUGCUAAUUUAUUUCAAGAACGUUUCAGAGUUCAGUCACCCUUGCAAGAAACUCAGAUGAUGCUCGGGGCUGGGAGUGUUGGCUCAGAGGCACCGUUUAAAGUCUCUUCAGAGGAUGUAUCAUCCAUAAUAGAAAAUAUGACAAGAGGUAAAUCUCCUGGGCACGACGGUCUGAGCAUCGAGCAUUUGCUGUAUGCGGGUGUUCACCUCUCCAGAGUUCUGAGUAUGUUUUUCACAUUUUGUAUAAGGCACUCAUAUCUUCCCAAUGAACUCAUGAAGUCUAUAGUUGUACCAAUUGUAAAAAACAAGACUGGCGAAAAUAGUGACAUAUGCAACUACCGACCUAUAUCGUUGGCAACUGUCAUUGCCAAGGUACUUGAUGGCGUGCUUGAGAGACAGCUCUGCAAAUAUGUUAAUGUCAAUGAGGCUCAAUUUGGAUUUAGACCGGGAUUAUCCACCGAAAAUGCAAUACUGGCGCUCAAGCAUACUGUCAGGUAUUACACUGAUCGUAGAACCCCUGUGUACGCCGCCUUUCUUGAUCUGUCUAUGGCCUUUGAUACGGUCAUAUACAGUAAGCUGUGGUCGAAGCUCCGUGAUACGACAUUGCCUGGUGACCUGAUUGGUGUUUUUGAAUACUGGUACUCACAUCAGAACAACCAGGUCAGAUGGGGGGAUGCGCUGUCGGAUCCUUACACAAUGGAGUGUGGGGUGAGGCAGGGGGGGGCUGACCUCUCCCACUCUCUUUAA